GAACCAGUCUCGGCCGAGCCGCGUCCUCGUCGAGUACGCGCUCCGCGACCGGCAGUUCUCUUAUUUUCACCUUCUUUUUCAUCUAUACACGUACGCGUACACGUUUUUUUUUUUCUCAACAUAAUAGAUCGCGCGGCGUGUUACCAAGUGAAUCAACUGCCAACUGUGCCCGUGUGUGUGAUGUGUCGAACGCGACUUGGAAAAUGAAAUACAGUGUUGGCAACGGAUGCUAGACAGUGCAAAAGUGUGUUCGAUGCGGCUGCCGCAGUGAGGAGAAGAAAAUCGGCGCUUCAUUGUUUAUCCGCGCGCAGCUGCACGAGGUCGAGGGAGAGAGAGAGAGAGAGAGAGAAAGCAACGCCACUUGUCGCUCGCUCGCGCGCACACGGGCUCUCGUGUUCCUCCAGCCGCUGGAGCCGAACUCUCAGCGACUUGUAUACUGCUAUAUAUACAGACCAUAUACCGAGAAGCCGAGGAGAGCCAAUUCGCCUGCAUGAAGGUUAAAACCCAAGGCUCGGGUGCAAGAUGAGCGAUGGCGAGCUCGUCGACCUUAGGCUGCGGCAUAGCCGCGGCAGGUGUCUGCCCGUCCGCCGCAUCGUCCGAGAUCCCGUCGUCAGCCGUCGUCGUCGGACGCAGGGUGAACCUCGAGUUCCCGCCGCCUCCGCCGUACCCACCGCCUCAGAACGGCUUGCAAGCAUCCCAACAACAACAUCUCGAACAGUUGGAGCAACAACGUUAUCAUAGGUCGCUGAUGCACCAUCAUCGCACUGGUCUGCACGACGCUUACUCCUACGCCUACUACGAGCCUGGACCGAGUCAGACCAGUCCGCAGAGCUGCUCGUCGACGCUGCUCAGACAGCAUCAGGAGUAUUAUGCCGCGCAGCCCAGCUACCAGGGCUACCACAUGCAGGAGCCGCACAAGAGACACACCUACGUCACGAGAUAUGGCACCGAGGAGAACAUCUACGAGGAGAUCUCGGAAAUCGGCCGACAGUACCGUCGAGCCCUGGAAGGUUCGCGUCGAUCCCUGGUGGCGGAGGAGGUGCGCCGAGUGCAGUCCCGGCACCGGCGCGUACUCGGCGAGCUCAAUCUCAGCGUCGAGGCGAUGCUCAUGCCGACGAUAGCCGACCAAGCGAUCGCCGAGCACGAGACCGAGGAGAGUCACCAGCAGACGUUGGCCAAUGGAUCGACGAGUAGUCAGCAGCUGCUGCUCGCGCCCGACGAGAUGGGGGCGACAGCCUGUGGCGGCGAUCUCGACAGCGGGUUCAGUGGCAGCUCCAGUGCCAGUUACAGAUCUGGCCUGGGAUCGCUGAGGCGGUGCGCGGCCAUCGGCAGGACGAGCACUCCCGAGAUCCUGAUGAGCAACGGUCACCCCCAUCACCUUCUCAACUGCAGCGCUCCCCAGUCUCAUCAACGCAGCAGCAGCAGCAGCAACAGCAGCAGCAGCAAGACCAAAGCCGCCAUGAUAUGGAAGAAAGGCUGGAAGGGCUGGAAGAAGCUCCAGCAGGGCCUAGCCAGCGGCACUCAGCCCGGCAACUCAAGCUCCUCACAAAAAACUGAUGAGCCCCGCUCGAGGUGCAGAUCGUGGGACGACGUAGGCCCGGGGACAGCGACAACAGCUACGAGGAUGGAGGCGGCGAUAGCGGGUCAGCCACAGCAGGCCCAGUCGACGUCCGUGGCUCAGGGCCACCGACACCAUCACGUCCAUCAUCCGUCCCUCGAGGCGACGAGAUCCAACACGUCGAGCCAGUCGGCCAGGAGCGAGGACUCCUGGUGCUCGGCCAGCGAUCAUGACCUCUCCUCGGACGACGAGAGCGAGAAGAGCAAUAUCAGUAUUAAAAGCAACUACCAGCUGAGGAACACGCUGCACAAGGCCCGCACCUUCUGCGACAAGUGGCAGAAGGUGCGUCUCAGCGGAGGCUCCGGAGGUUCCAGCAACAGCGGCACGCCGGCCGAGACCCUCGCGGAUGCCGCCUCGAUCCACGGCGGCCAGAGCAGGCUCUCGCUCGCCAGGUUCUUCAGCAUGCGACGCGGCUCCGCCCACCAGUACGACGUCGGCGACUCGUCCUCCGAAACCACCUCCCUCACGAGUCCCGUCAAGCAGGCCCAGAUGCCCCAGCUCUGCGAGCUCGAGGAGGAUAACGGCGCGAUCAUGCAGUACCAGUGCAUGCCGCCGAACCGGUUGAGGGAACCGCCGCCCUCUCUGCCCCCGGCGCCGCCGAACCUCACGCCACAGCAGAUCAAGCGCCGCUACAUCAUCGCCGACAUCGUCCAGUCGGAGAACAACUACGUGGCGACCCUCCAGAGGCUCGUCAACGACUACAAGAAGAACCUGGAGGAGUCGUCGCCGCCCAUACUGAGCCAGUCCAAAAUAGCCACGCUCUUCCACAAGCUGCCCGAGAUCCUGCAGUGCCACAAUCUCUUUCGCGUCGCCCUCGGCGGCUGCGUCAAGAAGUGGGACAAGGAGGAGAAGCUCGGCGACAUCUUCGUCGCGAGCUUCAGCAAAGCCAUCGUCCUCGACAUCUACAGCGGCUUCAUUAACAAUUUCUCCGUUGCGAUGGAGCUCGCCAAGCAGGAGUCCAAACGCAAGACUGCCCUGGCCGACUUCUUCAAGAUGAAGCAGAUCAAGUCGCACGACAGGCUCUCGUUCUUCGGACUGAUGGUCAAGCCCGUGCAGAGGUUUCCCCAGUUCAUACUUUUUCUGCAAGACUUACUCAAACACACGCCACACGGACACCACGACAGGAUGUCGCUGCAGCUGGCGCUUACGCAACUCGAGAGCCUCGCCGAAAUGCUCAACGAGAGGAAGAGGGAAGCCGAGCAGUUCCAGGCAUUCAAGGAAAUGUUACGCCACGUUUCGUGCAAACUGUCGCAUCGACCACUUUCCUCCUCCUCGCGCUACCUCAUCAGAGAGGACAACGUCACACAGCUGGAGUUCAAUCAAAACGGAAUGAUCACCAAAUCGAAGAGGCGAAGACUGCUGCUGCUGAACGACCUUGUCGUCUGCGUCUCGGUGGCGCCGAGGUCUGCCGAAGACUUUUCCAGCAGCGAGCGACUAACGUUAAAGUGGACCUACCCGGUGUCGGAUAUCGAGAUACAGGACACGAGCACUUCUCCAACGCUUAGUCGACUGUUGACGGCAGGACUCAACAAAGGAGGCAGUUUGAAGUCCGACAGGAGCGGCGAAGGCGGCCAAGCGGGCGCCGACAGCCUUUGCGCAGAAAUGAGUGAUCUCAUGCACGAUUUCGAGGUCAUGUCGAGGAUCAGUGACCUGGCAUCUCAACUCAAGGGAUCUUACGAGGGAAUGGCCCCGGAAGCGUUGAAACAUAUCGUACACAGUAUCCAGGCGUCGAUACAAGCGAAAGACGAGGAGAUGGUCUGGGCGGAUAGUUGCUGCUUACAGCUGAUGACGAAGCAAGGCCAGAUGUACACGUUUCAGACGGAUAAUCCACUUGUUAAGAAAGACUGGGUAACGGAGCUGAGACUCGCACAAUUAGCACUAGACCCCAACAACUCGCCAUCCUGGGAAGUACCCGAACAAGAACACAGACCGUCCACGAAAAUGCCACUCUUCGUCACAUCUCAGCCGGUUUAUCACUCGCAACAUCAAUCUGAAGUGCGUUGCGGCUGUUACUACGUCACGCAAAAUCCACGACCUACGCGGCGACGAGGCAGGCACCAGAACUAUUUGUGGAUUUGCACGGACGAUGGCGUGUCCACCCACGUCACAGUUUUUGGCCAGUCGACCACAGGUUCAGCUACCUCAUUGAAACAGGCCACGUCGUUCGAUCUCGUCGAGACUCGGGUCGCCGCCGUCGAGUUUGUCAAGGGUCUGAACAACGAGCAGUCCAGCUUGCUGAGUGAUCUCGUUUGGAUGGGUACCGACUCUCGCAAGAUCAUCAUUUACAGGGCAGCCGAGCCCGAGAAACAGGAAGAGCUAGGCAGUUAUCCAGUUUCGGGUCCUGUCAUACAGAUCAAGUACCAUUACGAUAACGUAUUCGUGGCGCUUGGUACUGGAUCGCUGCUCAUGUUCAGAAGGCUUUACGAUGGAUCGUGGAAUCUCAAAGAGCCAUCUGUCAUAACUUUAGGUUCCGAUCCAGUCGCGUGCCUCAUGCCCAUCAACUCCUCGAUCUACGCAGCUUGCGGUAAAAAGGUCUGGGUACUCAACGCCAUGACGGGUGAAAACACCAAAAGCUUCAGCGCACAGCACGAGCACGUCGGAAACGUCAAACUCAUGGCCCACUCGGGUGUAGGGCUUUGGGUCGCACUUAAAAACUCUAGUACGGUCUGUCUCUACCACACUGAAACGUUCAAACAUCUACAAGAUAUCAACAUUGCUUCGAACGUUCUUCGGAUAACCAAAUCUGGCGGCAGCAACAACAGCUCGGCUGGUGAUAGUCUCAAUAACAAUCAAACGGCGGUUACGGUAACUGCGCUCAUGGCUUGUAAGGGACUGCUGUGGGUUGGCACUAACGUCGGUAUCAGCUUGACCAUUCCGUUGCCGCGGCUUGAAGGUGUGCCGAUCAUCAGUGGCCGAGUCAACAUUUCAUAUCAUGCGCACUUUGGACCAAUAACCUUUUUACUGGCCAUCCAAAAUAACAACAAGAGCAACGUGAGUUGCGCCAAAGAGGAAGAGCCAGAGGAAGAGCAGGUUCAAUUGAGGAUUAAAGAUUCGGAGCACAAUGGUCAUGGUCCAAGGCAACGCAACGACAGAGCCAGCCUUGAUGUCUCGAACUCGCCCAACGUUUCAGCGAAUUUACUCAAAUUCCAACAAAUGGCCAGCAGUCCCGUGCUUUCGAGACGUAAACGCAAGGAAAAUGAAUAUCGGGGCUCCAAGACACUACCUCGGGGAUCAGGUUGCGGCGGUAGCUAUUUGUCAAGUUCUAUGUCGAGUUCCCAGAGUUCAGGUGAGAACUGCGAUGUCUACGGCCUCUACGACGAACUGAUGAAUCUCAAUCAUCUUGACUACGAGAACGAGAACGCUGCUGUCGUCGAUCCGGUCUACGAAACGCUGAGGAGGAGCGACCCCGAACUCGCCAUACCAAACAAAGUUAGCACGCUCGAUCGUCGGCUCAAGAUGAAGAUUACAAGGCCUCGAUCUCUGGAUCUAUCAAAUUGGUCAGUUGACUCGCAUGCCAGUUCGUUGUACACGUCUUCUGGUUCGGAGGAGAAUCUCUCGCUUAAGGCCGGUAAACUGUCACGAAACAGCAGUACCGCUAGUAGAAAUGGUCGCGUGGAGGCAGUGAUGCUCGCGAACAAUGCCAAUAACACGUCUACGCCCAUGCAGCAGAAUAGGACUUUGAACAAGCAAACUAUGAAAAAGCCACCGGCAAAGAAGCCUAACGGUCCCAACGCUGGAAAAUCGGCGCAAAUGGAUCAGCCGAGGCGCACAGUGCUUACGCUAAUGGGUGGUAGGGGUUACGUUAAUUGGAGGCAUGUAGGGUCGCAGAAGGAAGAAAAGAAUCAAAAGUCGGGAUACUCUUUCAAGGAACCGAACAGCAACGACGCACACAUCGUUCUCUGGGAGAUGAAGUUAUGAUACGGAAUCAAAGUAGGCCUACUUUACUGGUACCAAAAAGAGGCAUUAUUUACUUUCCUAAUGUUUUUAAGUGCUAUAAUAGUGUAAAAGGACCAAAUAAUUAACGCGCCCUCGGACUUGUACAAUUAUCAACUUGUUUAUUUCCUGUUUUUUUUAAACAACAUUCUUCGGAUUAAAGGCUGGAUACGUGUACUGUAAUUUAAUUAUCAAAAGUACUUUUAAGUACUGGAAGUUAUAUAGUCAUUGUUGAUAAAAAAAGUGUAAUGAAAAAGGAAAAAAACGUUAUGCUCUAUUAUACAUGUAGGUAAUAAACAUUUUUUCGAUGAUCUUUUGGUGAUAUGAGACGCUGCUGAUAAAUCAAAUCAAUAUAAUGUCAUUGAUAUUGGUAUUACAAUUGGUGCUCAAAUUUCAUGAACUCCAAAUACGCUUAAUAGCAGAUGUCUAUCAACACAAUUCAAGCGACUUCCUUAAACAAAAAUUCUGACGGAUAUAUACGUAUAUCAAUGACGUUAAUUAUGAUUUGUGGUAUAUGGUUGAGAUGAAUACUCAAUCUUUUGAAGUUAUAUUUACAAAUGAAGAAUCUCUCUUCGAAUAUUUGUAAGAAAUAAUAAAAAGCACACUUUCAAAGUGUUAUGAUGCUGUUACUAAUUGGCCAUUUAUACCGUAGUUGAUUCAGCCAUAUUUACUGCAUUCUAUUCGAGAAGUACAUUGAAACUAUUCAAGUACUAGAUUGUUCUUCCAUUUUUUGUAUACAUACAUUUAUUAAUGUAAACAUCGUGAUUCGAAGACAAUAUAUUUUAUUAUCCAUUAUUUGCGAGCAAAACGUAUGUAAGAUUUGUCAAAUCGGAAAACUUUUGUAAAAAUUUAUUCACGUAGAAAUCUCUUUUUUUACCAAUUAAACGUGUACAAUUGAUAUUUUGUAUUUUUAGUAUAUAUAAUUCGCGAUUAGUGUAAUUUUUUGUUUAAGAAUUGUUUUUUAGACAUUGAAGCUUCAUGUUUGAGAUCUCAAAAUGCAAUAAUAUACCCUAAUGAAGUGUAAUUUAUUUAUUUAUUAAAUAUAUUCGAAUGUAUUUAAUUUAUAAAAACCGAAUUUCUUUUAUUUUAUUUUGUAAUCAAAAGAACUGUACUAUUUUGCAUUUGCGCAAUAAAAUGUUUUGAGAUCAUUAGCAUAAUGCUUAAAACAAUGUCUUGAAGCUUAAUAAAAUAUUGUUAUCGAAAAAUAUAGUAAUGUUAAAUAAUUGGAUAUGUAUACCAAAAAACUUUAUAUUUACAAAGACUGUAUCACUUUUGUUAAAAAAACAAAAUGUUGUGUAUUUUGGCAGUAAAAGAUAUUUGUGCAAUCCUAAA